GCCAGAUUCGAGCAAGACAAACACACAUUGUUGGCAUGAUGUUUUGUAAUCAUUUGCGGAGGCAGUAGAAUACUUUGGUCCGAGCAUGUGGUUUUUAACAUUCACGGAUUGAGGCAGCAUGGCCCGAACUGCCUCCUUACUUCCCGCUUUGGUGUGGCAGCAAUUGGUUGAGCCGCAUCGUUUGCUCGACGUCAGACAUCAAAUUGUUUUCCCGCCUGCCUUCGAAGUGGUAAAAUUGAAGCCAUCAGGAUUCAAUGUUCCGUUCAAGCCAGAUCUUUGUCCAUUCCAACACUUGCAGUGUUGCCCCUGUGUGUACACUGAUCCCGAUCUAAGCUUCCAGCCCCCAAUAGAUGCCCUGCGACGCAUCUGAGGUCGUCAUGGAAGAAUCAAUUGAGAGCGUCGGUGAAACUGUGAAGCAAUUCCUCUCAAGCAAUGGCUCUACUUCAAGCAGUCGUUCAACCGUUGUGUUUGACCGACUCUUUGUCGAGGGCAGCGGACGUGGUAUACAAGCCGCACCAAAUGUGUGGUCCCGGUUGAAGUCGUGGUCGAAUAUCGUCAAUCCGCGGGCAUACGGCCAACCCGAGGAUUCACGAACUCUGCUACAUGGGUUCUCCGGUUCAUUAGAGGGCGGCGAGAUGCUGCUCGUCAUUGGAAAGCCGGGCAGCGGUUGCACCACGUUCCUCAAGGCUCUGGCAAACAUGCGGGACGAGUACAAGGACACGACUGGAGUGCUCACGUACGGUGGUCGUCCGGCUGGUGAACGCGAUCUUGACCCUGUUAAGCCAACUUUCUGUGCUGAGGAGGAUAGUCACCUACCCACCCUGACGGUCGCUCAAACCCUGAGCUUUGCCAUACGGGCGACAUGGAAUGCACGGGCUUCUCGAGCGACUAUCAACACUGCAGUCGAGACGCUGGCCAAGUGCGUCGGCUUAAGCAAAGUCCUGAGGACAAGAGUCGGGAAUGCAGCCAUACGUGGCGUGAGUGGUGGCGAAAGGAGACGAGUAUCGCUCGCCGAGGCAAUAGCAACCUGUCCAGAUGUUCUCUGUCUCGAUAACCCUACCAAUGGCUUGGAUUCAGCAACAGCUCUGGACUUUAUCCAUAUGAUGAGGGAGUUUACCAACCAGCACGGAUGCUCUACCGCUAUGAGCGUAUACCAAGGCAGCGACGCGAUGGUCUCGUUGUUCGACAAAGUUCUGGUCAUCAAUGGCGGACGUCAGAUCUUCUAUGGCAAGGCUACGGAGGCCAAGGCUUACUUCGAGGGCCUCGGCUUUGUGUGCCCUGAGCGCACCACCAUAACGGACUUUCUGAACUCCAUGACCUCUGACCCGGAGCUACGACACACACGUGAGGGCUGGCGAGGUCGUGUCCCAACGACGGCCAGACACUUCGAGGAGACAUACAAGAAGAGCGAUUACUAUAAGGAAGUGGUACGCGAUGUUGCCCAGUCUAGAUCACAGGAGGUAGGUCUCCAGAGGCGAGUUUACUGCCUGCCUCUGCACCGACAGAUCUUGGAGUGUUCGGUGCGGCAGUUCAGGGUGCUCGCGGGCGACCGGAACACGUGGAUGACCGAGGCCAUCACCAUCAUCGUCCAGAGUCUGGUGCUCGGCACGCUGUUCCGGGACCAGCCCAGAACCACACGCGCGCUUUUCAUGUUGGGGUCCUCCCUGUUCAACGUGGUUCUGGUGCCCGCGCUGCAGUCGAUGGCCGAGUUCAGCAACAGCUUUGCCGAGAGGCCGCUGGUCAUCAGGCAGAAACGGUUCCGCUUCUAUCGCCCCAGUGCCUAUGCCAUGGGUCUCGUCCUCACCGAUGCUGUGUGGAAGAUUGUGGCCAUCGCCUACAAUAUCCCUCAGUACUUUCUCACCGGCUUCCAGCGUUCAGCAGACAAGUUCUUCACGUGGUUCUGCAUAGUCUACGUCCUUCACAUGGCCUUGUCUAUGGUCUUCCGGGCCAUCGCUGUUUCCUCGCCCAGCAUAGGGCGUGCGGUACUACCCGUGGGAAUCAUGUUCAACAUAUUUGUUCUUUAUGCCGGAUUGUACGUUCCUGGACCACAGAUGCAGAUUUGGCUGUUCUGGGUAAAGUACUGCAACCCACUGUACUACGCAUAUGAAUCUGCCAUGGUUAAUGAGUUCGGCAAUCUUCAGUACACUUGCAGCGAGAACGACCUUGCUCCCAAUGGAGGAGCAUACGACUUGAUCGAGAACCAAGUAUGCGCAGUGCCUGGUGCCGUGCCGGGUCAGACGCUUGUAUCUGGUGCAGCCUACGUUCGAGACCAGUACGGCUUUGAGGUUUCGCAUUUGUGGAGAAACGUGGGCAUAAACGCCGCUUUUUUUGUUUUCUUCGCACUUUGCACGGGUAUCGGAAUGGAAAGAUACAAGCUGCCGGUUGGUCAGCUGGCAACAAUUUUCUACAAGGCCGAGCCGAAAGACUUGACGCCGAAGAUCAGUGAGGAUUCUGCGGAUAGCGAAAAGGGCUCUUCGUCUGACGAUAAUGUGCCUCCAACAUCGAUUGGACCACAAAUAUCACAACAAAUUCGAGAUAUAUCAACUCAUACCGGGCGAACACUCGUAUGGAAGAACAUCUCACUGGACCUGAAGCUCAACGGUGAAGAAAAACGCCUCCUCGACAACCUCAGCGGAGUCGUUGAGCCUGGCCAACUGACAGCGUUGAUGGGUGCUUCUGGAGCCGGAAAGACCACACUAUUGAAUACGCUUGCAGGCAGGUUGGAGUUCGGGUCUUUGUCAGGCGAGCUGUUUCUCGACGGUGGCCCGCUGCCCAAGUCUUUCCGUCGCUACAUGGGCUACGUGCAGCAGCAGGACGUUCACCUGCCGACGCAGACCGUCAGAGAGGCACUCCAGAUGACAGCCAAGCUCAGGAGGCCCCACACUGUGUCGGACGAUGAGAAGCUGGCACACGUAGAGGCUGUCAUCCGAACUCUGGAAAUGGAAGACAUUGCCGAGGCCCUAAUUGGUGUGCCGGGUGCUGGGCUCAAUUUGGAGCAACGGAAGCGGGUGACGAUCGGCGUGGAAUUGUCUGCAAAGCCAGACAUUAUGCUCUUGGACGAGCCCACGUCAGGUCUCGACGGUCAGUCGGCCCUGACUAUAGGUCGCCUGCUGCGCAAGCUGGCUCGCUCCGGCCAGACAGUGCUGUGCACCAUCCACCAACCUGCUGCAGAGUUAAUGGAGCAGUUUGACCACUUGGUACUCCUACUACCAGGAGGACGUCUGGCCUACGACGGGCCAUUGGGAGACAAAUGCUCGACUGCCCUCGAGUACUUUUCACGCACCGGCAGAGCAUGUCGCGUUGACGAAAAUCCUGCGGAAUACCUGGUCCAGGUGAUCCGAGAAAACGGUGCAGGAGACGGAGAGAAAUUCAAGGACCAGUCACACACUGCUCAUUGGAAGGCGAGCAAGGAGGCAGCUGCGCGGGAUGCGCAGAGAGAGCGAGUCCUGACUCAAGGGGCGGGCUCGCGUACUCUGCUACACGCAGAAAGCACGCAUGCCGUGCCGCUAUACUCCCAGUUCCUGACCACCAUGCGCCGCACCUGGUUUUACUACUGGAGAGACCCCGACUACUUUGUGUCCAAGUUCCUGAUGAACAUCGCCAACGCCCUUAUCAACGGCCUCACCUUCCUCAACUCGGGCAACAACGAACGCGGGGCGUACAAUCGCAUCUUCUCGGCUUUCAUGUCCCUCAUCGUCGGGCCACCUCUCGGCCUGCAACUCCUGCCGCGCUUCAUUGCGCUGCGGGACAUAUUCACGCAGCGCGAGAAGUCUAGCUUGACAUACAGCUGGAUCUGCUUCGUGGUCCCAGCCAUCCUGAUCGAGCUGCCGUACGCUUUUGUCACCAGCACGGCCUACUGGCUGCUGUGGUACUUCCCCGUCGGCUACUUCACCGAGCCGACGAGGGCUGGCUACAGCUUCCUGAUGUACCAGCUCUUCUCCGUCUUCGCGCACAGCCUGGCCCAGCUCUGCGCCGCCCUCAUGCCGAGCCUCAACGCCGCCUUCACCGCCAACGGCUUCUUCUUCAUGUUCGUGAACCUCUUCUCCGGCACGCUGUCCCCGAUCCCCGUCACGCCCUCAGGCUGGCGGUGGUACUACAAAGUCUCGCCGCUCUUCUACCUCAGCGAGGGCGUCACCAGCGAUCUUCUGUAUGGCCUGGGCAUCUCGUGUGAUGUCUCGGAGACGUCGACGUUCCAGCCACCUGACAACACAACUUGCGCCGGCUACGCUGCCGACUUUCUUGCUUCCGCUACUGGGUACCUUCUGAACCCCGAUGCGACUUCGGACUGCCAGUACUGUCGGUACAAGGACGGACAGUCAUAUUACAUUCAAUGGGGUUACGAUUUCAUCAACCGGUAUAGGAACAUCGGUAUCGUUAUUGGCUUCAUUGCAUUCAACUACACCGCUGUCAUUGCGUUGACAUAUCUACUGAAAGUGAGGAAGUGGAAGAGAGAUUGAAUGAGGGCAGUCUAGCGAUAUCUUGGGCGAUGUUCGAGUACAUGAAUUGCUUUGGAGAAGUGAAUGGGAUCCUUGGAGCCGGGAUGCGUUUGAGGAAGGAGGAAGAGGAGGGGGGGUGGAGCAUUUCAAAAGCAUGCUAUAGGACAUGCCCAACCACCUUGUAAUAUAGAUAUAUCCUCUACUGGGUAUUAUCCUGUAAUGAGUAUUUUCAUCACA